AACACGUAAGCUUGAUGCUGUGGCGACUCAGCUGUGUUAAUCACCUUCUUCCUCAUCAUGAUACACCGGACAUAUGUCUAUACAAGGAACUGAGCCGCGGCCAUCAGCGGAGGCGCACAGGGCUGGGCGCGUUUGGAUGGAGCUGCUGUCGAGUUACAGGAAGGUUUAACUUAACUGUUUGUCACAUCCAGAGGAAUAAUGUCAGAAGGUCAGAGGGACAACACGGAGGAAGGUUUGAGGAUGGACGAAGACAGUCCCAUGAUCAGCAGGGUGGAGAGGACUUUUUGGACAGUUUGGUCCUACAUAACUGGAGCUGUGAACAGAUUCUUCAGGCCAGAGCCCACUAACGUCACCAGCAAUGAUCCAAACUCCAUCCAGGAUUUAGCAGUUGACAGUGAGCCCGCUAACUGUGGCCACGCAGAGGGGGACACCAGUGGAGCAGGGGUGGAUGAGGAAAAGCCUGUUGCGACAGCCGCUCUGCUUAGCUCAUCUCGGCCACUUGUGGCCUGGGAGAUUUGCACCACAGAGAUCAACUUAGAGCCUGAUGAAGAAAGCGUGCCGUGCGAAACCCAGCUGAGCAGAGGCAGCGAGAGCGAAGCAUCUGAGGAAGGUGAGGGCACCAGAGAGGAACAGUUGGGCCGAGCAGGAAAUGACGAUGCAGGGCUGUUCUUUGCUCAAGACGACAAACGAGAAGAAGACGGAGAUGAGAAAUUGCACACUCGCAGACAAGAUGUGAUGUCAGAGAAUGGUGAGACAGAAGAGCAUGCCAACAUCAGGUCACUAAAAACUACAGGUGAUGCAGUGAGCGAAGACAUGGAGGAAAGUAGAGGAGGUGCUGAGGACAGUGAGAGGGCGGUGACACUGGAUGAAACCAUCCAACUAAAGGAAGCAGAGGACAAAAUGCAGCAUGAGGAUGAACAAGAUUUGCAGGCGGAAGAUAGUGAGCUAAAACCGUGUCUGACUGCAGAUUUGACUGCAGUAGAAGAGGAUAACAUGCACGUGGAAGAGUCGAAGAUGCAGCGGAACAAGGCAGAUACAGCGGUGAUGCAUGAGGAAGGAGGAAACACUGAUGGUGUGCCACAGCUGGGGUCUGAGAGUGAGUCCGAUGAGGGAGCGAGACAAGUUGAGCAUCAGCUCUCAGCCUGUGAAGAGUCCUCAGACGACCACAGGGAUUUCAAGGAGGACCCAGGCUUUAGUCCACUGCUUGUUGAAUUACAAAUGACCUACGACAAAAGCAGCACUGUGUCUGAGGAUGAGCUAACUGCUGUCGAGCAACAGCAUGUGAUGGCUCGAAGAAGUGAAAGUGAUGAAGUUGAGGAUACGAAAGAGGAGACGGAUGGUAGCGCCUUGGAUGUGAGUGAGGCUGCAAACAACCAGACAAUGGAUGAAGCUCCAGAGCAGGAAGACAACAUUAAAACACUUGCUGGAGUCAUCAUAUCUGAACAUGUUACAUAUAGGGAAGAAGCCAUGCAGCAUUCACCAGAACAAGAAGACGACAUCAAAACAGUUACAGAAGACAUUUUAGCUGAACAUGUUACAUGUAGCGAAGAAGUCAUGCAGAAUGCUCCACAAAUGGAGGAAGAAAUCAAAACAGUUACAGAGGAUAUCAUCACUGAACGUGUUAUGAGCAGCGGUGGAUUUGUGCAGAAUGCUCUAGAGCGGGAAGACAACAUUGAAACAGUUACAGAUGAUACUUUAACUGAACAUGUUACACGCAGCGAAGAAUUUGUGCAAUAUUUACUGGAGCAGGAAGACGACAGUUUAACUGAACAUGUUACAGACAGCAGAGAAUUCGUGCAGAAUGCUCCAGAGUUAGAAGAAGAAAUCAAAACAGUUACAGAAGAUAUCAUCACUGAACUUCUUAUAAGCAGCUGCGAAUUUGUGCAGAAUGCUCUAGAGCAGGAAGACGACAUCGAAACAGUUACAGAGGACAUUUUAACUGAACAUGUUACAUGCAGCGAAGAAGUCACCCAAAACGCUCCUGAACAGGAAGACAACAUUUUAACCGAACAUGUUACAUGUAGUGAAGAAGUCACCCAAAACGCUCCUGAGCAGGAAGACGACAUUUUAACUGAACAUGUUACAUGUAGUGAAGACGUCACCCAAAACGCUCCUGAACAGGAAGACGGCAUUUUAACUGAACAUGUUAUAGGCAGCGGAGAAUUCGUGCAGAAUGCUCUGGAGCUAGAAGAAGAAAUCAAAACAGUUACAGAAGAUAUCAUCACUGAACUUCUUAUAAGCAGCUGCGAAUUUGUGCAGAAUGCUCUAGAGCAGGAAGACGACAUCGAAACAGUUACAGAGGACAUUUUAACUGAACAGGUUACAUGCAGCGAAGAAGUCACCCAAAACGCUCCUGAACAGGAAGACGUCAUUUUAACUGAACAUGUUACAUGUAGCGACGAAUUUGUGCAGAAUGCUCCCGAGCAGGAAGAUGCCAUUGAAACACUUAAAGAAGAUACUUUAACUGAACAUGUUAAAUGUAGCGAAGAAGUCACCCAAAAUGCUCCUGAGCAGGAAGACGACAUCAAAACAGUUACAGAAGGCGACACUUUCACUGAACAUGUUACACGCAGUGAAGAAGUCACCCAAAAUGCUUCUGAGCAGGAAGAUCACAUUUUAUCUGAACAUGUUACAUGUAGCGAAGAAGUCAUGCAGAAUUUCCCGGAGCAGGAUGAUGACAUCAAAACAGAUACUGAAGCCAACAUUUUAACUGAACAUGUUACAUGUAGUGACAAAUUCAUGCAGAAUGCUCCCGAGCAGGAAGACAGCAUCAAAACAGUUACAGAAGAUAUUAUCAUUGAACAUGUUACAUGCAGCGAAGAGUUCGUGCAGCAUGCUCCAGAGCAGGAAGACGACAUUAUAACUGAACAUGUUACACACGGCGACGAAAUCAUGCAGAACACUCCUGAGCAGGAAGAUGACAUUUUAACUGAACAUGUUAUAUGUAGUGAAGAAGUCACGCAUCAUUCACCAGAGCAGGAAGGCGACAUCGAAACACUUACAGCAGAUGUUUUAACUGAACGUGUUACAUGCAGCGAUGACAUCAUGCAGAAUGCUCCAGAGCAGGAAGACGACAUCGAAGCAGUUACAGAAGAUGACAUUUUAACUGAGCAUGUUACACACAGUGAAGAAUUCAUGCAGAAUGCUGAGUCAGAGCUGCACACAGCUGACUUUGCAGAUGUAGAACAAGAGGAUGUGGCUGAAGACACUGAAGUGCAAACCAAAUCAAGAGAGGCAGAUGAUGUCGAGACAGAAAGCCAUGGCUCUCUGAUCGAUACAAACUCUGAUAUCACAACACACACUUCAGCAGAUGAGAGUUAUUUUGCUCAAGUAGAAGAGGAGAGUCUCUCCAGUGAAGCAGUCAACAAAGAAAGUGACAUGGAAAUAGCAUGUAUAGCCACCUCAGUUAUGGAUAAACCUGACGGCGAGACUGGACAGGAAAUGAGCAGAGAGUUUAAAAAUAUUCCCCAGAGUAUGUGUGAAGGCCGUGUUGUUGUGUCGGAGGAGCUAAACUCUCCGACAUGUGAGGAAACACGAGAGGGAGUUCCUGAAUACAACAAUGAGCCAGAUGAAAAUACAACACAAGGGUUCCUGGAGGACGAAGGUUACGAGGAAAUCCAGGGCAGCCCAUUACCAGAAGAGGUGGAGAGCAAAGAGCCGGAGAGCCUUCAAAACAGCGGCUGGAGCGCCGGAGCUGACUGUUUACUGGUGAGGGAGCAUAUGGGAGAGGAACAAGGUGUUAAGAAUAGCUUUGGUUUGGUUGUGGAGGAUCACGCUGAAAUACUGCGGCUCGCUGAUGCUGGAAUGCCACAAGAAACAGAGACACCACUUGUCGAAACUGUAAUUCAAGGAUCCGGACAUUUAGUUGAGGUAGAGGACAGAGAAUUACUAGUUGAUUCAAUGAAAAUGGGGAUCGAGGAGGAAACAGAAAAGGAAUCUGAGUCAGACGUCGAAUCAACAAACAAGGACGAUAAGGCAACAGAAGAGCCGCAAGAUGGGACUGAAGAGCUUUCGGUCGAUCUAGAAAAAGACGAAGGAUUGUGUGAUCCCAAAGUAGCUGUUGCUGCUGGAGUCGGCUGGGAGACAACAGGAGCUUUAGCAGCACAGGAAGUGCUCGAAGAUGACACUUUCCCUGAGGCUGAAGUACAGAAGAUGACAGAGACAAGCUACUUUCACGGAUUGGUCGAUGUCAUGAACUCGGAGCAACAGCUGACAUCUAGUUUACUAGAUGACAUUACUCAAUCUGAAUUCCUGAAACACUCAGAUGAGACUGAGUCUGUAUUACUUGAAGAUGUAGAAAUACAAGAUGCAGGUUAUGCAGUUGAGAUGGAGGCAGCAGCGGAUGAAAUGCAAGGCAGAAAUGAGAUGGAGAUUUUUCAUCUGCAGGCAACUGAAAUGGCUGAAUUGGAACUGUCUGGACCAGCUGAGUCACUGGAGACAAAAAAUCAACUAUCCGAUGAAGUGCUUGAGAUAAGCAAUGAGGAGAUGUUACCUGAAGCCCCUGGUGAAUCAAUGACGGCCCAGUCUGAACCACAAGAUUUGAUUUUGAUAUCAACAGAGGAUACAACAAAGCAUGUGACAGAAUCAGGGAGGAGUCACGCUGAGGAAACAGUUAGCUCAAUCAGUGGACAUGCGGAUGUGAUUGAUGAAGAGAUCCUUGACUUGUGGAUACAGACGGCUUCGUCGGAGGACAAUGAUGGCAUACAGCAACAAGAAGGGCCAGAGCCUGGACAACAAACGGAGCCAUCAAAUGAGGAACAAGGUGAAAUGUCAUCAGCACAGACAGAGAAGGAUGAAGAGCAGCUUGUGGAUUUAGUGAGUGACACAGAGAUGUCUUCAUCAACGGUAGAGUCUGGAUUUUUGGACCAGUCUCUUGGUGAAUGGGGCACACAAAGCAAUGAAACCCAGCAACCAAAGUCAACUAGCACCGAGUCAUUCCAAGGAAUUCAUGAGAUGUUGGCAGACAUCUCUGAAUCCUCUACACAACACUCCGAUUUUCUGAUGGAGGAAACCGCUGAGACAGAUCUGAAACAGGAUGAGUCAAUCACUGCGACAAGAUUUCACCCAGAUUCCGGAGUCACGUCACCAGAGAAAGAAGAUCUGAAUCAGGAAUCUGAUAAAUCACAAGAAGAAACCGAGGAAGAAAGAGCUGAAGCAGUGGAGACUGAAACUGGAUCGCAGAAAGAGAUCGAUGCUGAGGAGGCAGAAUUAGCAGAGAAAACUGACUGGAAAGACACAGAAGAAGCAGAUGUUCAGUCAGACAAAGCAGAAACUGAAGAUAAGCCUUUAGAAAUGUCUGACUCUCCAGAUGAAAUCAAACACACUGAAUCAGAACGAUCUGGAAGCAGCUCAGAGGCUUCGUUAGAGGAGGGAGUAGUGUUGACAGAAUCUGGUUCACAGGACGACACCUGCACUGAAUCCGAGAGGUUAUCGAUGUUGCCCUCACUGGACGAACCACAGCCCAGACAAUCAGAGGAUAUUGCUGAAUCAGAAGCUGGGGCUGAGGUGGCAGAACAGCUGACGACAAAGUCUGAAGAUGAAAUGGAGGUAGACACUUUUGUGCUGGACUUUACUGUGCAAAGAUCAAGAAUCGCUGUUAAAAAUCCUCGUGUAAGGCCACCCAAAGAUCCCCGCUCCCUUCUGCAUAUGCCCUCAUUGGAUCCCACACCCUCUGUACCUCAGCCAGCCAAAGUCCCUAUAGGUGUACCUCUGGGAGGCAUGGGCAUUGGAAUAAAACUUCCUGGACUUGGUGCUGGUUUUCCUGUUCUAAAGAAGACUCAGCGGGUGGUUAGAGAUGAAAAUAAACCAGAAACCCCCUCAGAGGAGACAAAGCCAGAGGAGAAGAGUGACACUCCCAAACAAGAUGAAGCACCACAGAGACCUAAAUGGAUGCCUCCAAAACAUCCAGGAUUUGGAAAUCCACUUAUGUCUGAGCUGAAGAGCAAACUGAAGAAGACCACAAAAGAGUGAGGAGGAGAAGAAGAUGGAUUGUAGUUAAUGCUUUGUGUGGAUAUUUGAAUAUAAUAUACAAAUGGCUUUAUUUUUGGUGUAUUUAUGAAACUGAAUACAGUGAUGACAUUUUCAUUGUGUCAGUUAUUUUCUGUAUGUUUUGUAAUAAACCUUAACUGAAAAAAGGAGUGUUACUUUCUUACACACAGUGCAAGAGGUGGGUAUUUAGCACACACAA